AUGAGUGCGUUCUUUGUUGAUAAACGACGUGAUAAAAUACGUUAUAAACAACUAGAUGAUAAUUUCCGUGGAUAUAAUCUAUCGGAAUAUAUUAAUGUCGCUACUAUAAAAGGUGAUUGUUUUGUUCAUUAUUUUUAUGCGACGCCUGUUAAUAGUCAUACAUUAAAAUUAUUAAAACAUAAUCAUGUAGAUCGUUUAGCUUGUAUUUAUAUUAAUAAAAGUAAUAGCAAAAUAUUAUUUAUACGUUACGAUGGAUUGGCUAAAACAUUUGACGACACCAAUAUUGUUGCUUAUGAUUAUUGGACUAUUAAUGAUACGACAUUGAUAGUAAAUGAUAAUAGCAAUAUUAAUUAUUAUAUUGAAAAGAUAAAUCGAGAAGAAUUAAUACUUUCUGACAAUAUUAAAAAUUCACUUGAUGAUUACGAAUAUGUUGGUUACGCUCACUGGCGUUAUUUUGAUCGAGGUAUUUUAUAUUACGGCACACGUUUUUCUUACGAUACGGGAAUUAUUAAUGCACUUAAACGUAAUGAUGAGAGCGAAAAAGAAAAAAAUUUUCUUGAGUCAUUUAUUAUGUAUGUGGCUGUACAUGAUAAUAAAGUUUUGUGGUCGCAAAUUCAAAUCAAUGAUUUUGCUGAACGAUUUCAUAUUAAUAAUUCAGAAAAUAUAACUGUCAUAUUACCAGAAAGAUAAUUAUAAAUUUAUAUAACACACAA